UCCGCUCUUUCUUCUCCUCUCCCUCUCUUCCUUUCUUACGAAUUCGGCCAUGAAAUCGUCCUCCAAAACGUUUUGUCGCGUCCGAACAAUCACGGUCGGAAUUUGCAAAUGUGGUUGAUCGAUUGAGAAAACUGUCCCGCUUCGUGCCUACAUUGUCUUCCCUGGAUUAUUUUGUAUUUUGUAUUUUGAUUGAGCUCAUUUUGGGCGCGGUAAGAUACCGGCGGAUUGCAACGACGGCCAAAACCCUAGCUGGAUUUUGAUGAUACCCGAUAUUUGAUGCGGAAUUGAAGUAUUACGUGGCCGGGCGAAUUUCCGAUCGCUUUAUGGUUGUAAUUGGUGAAUUGUGGGUAUCCUUUGGAAGGAUUGGUUUGAUCGAGGUGCGAGAAUUGGGAGAUUGGAUUGGGAAAAGCGGUUUUGGAUCCAAUCGGGGAUAAAACAGCGCCAUUAUAUUAGAUGGCGCUGUUCAAAAGGUUCUUCUAUCGGAAGCCGCCGGACCGGCUUCUCGAAAUUUCUGAGAGAGUCUACGUGUUUGAUUACUGCUUCUCCACCGUUUUGGUUCAAGAAGAAGAGUACAAGACAUACAUGAACGAGAUUGUUGCUCAGCUACAGGAGCACUAUCCUGAAUCUGCUUUCAUGGUUUUCAAUUUCAAAAGGCCGGACAAGAAGAGUCAAUUAUCUGAUGUUCUGUCUCAGUAUGGCAUGACACUAAUGGAUUAUCCUCAGCAACACGAAGGGUGUCCUCUGUUACCUCUGGAGAUGAUCCAUCACUUCUUGCGAACGAGUGAAAGCUGGUUGUCCAUUGAGGACCAACAAAAUGUUCUUUUACUGCACUGUGAAACAGGUGGAUGGCCGGUGCUUGCAUUUAUGCUUGCUUCCCUUCUUCUGUACAGAAAGGAGUACACUGGUGAGCAGAAGACCCUCGAAAUGGUAUACAAGCAAGCGCAUGUAGAUCUUCUUCAUCAUUGGACUCAUUUGAAUCCACAGCCAUCUCAGCUCAGAUAUCUUCAUUACAUCUCCAGAAGAAAUUUUGAGUUAGAUUGGCUGGGAUCAGAUGCAUCUCUAAGUUUGGAUCAUAUCAUACUCAGGUUCCUUCCUCUAUACAAUGGAAGAGGAUGCCGACCUGUGUUUCGUCUAUAUGGCCAGGAUCCUUCUGGUACAGCCAACAGAACUUCAACGCUUUUGUUUUCAAGUUCAAAAACAAAAAAUCAGAUCCCUUUCUAUGAACAGGAAGAGUGUGAAAUUGUAAACUUAGAUGUACAUUGCCUUGUCCAAGGCGAUGUUGUUGUUGAGUGUGCUCAUUUGGAAGAUGAUCUGGUGACUGAAGUAAUGAUUUUUCGAAUAAUGUUCCACACUGCUUUUGUCCGAUCAAACGUCUUGAUGCUACUUCGUGAUGAGGUCGAUGUUCCUUGGGAUGCCAAGGAUCAAAUUCCACCAGAUUUCAUUGCAGAGAUACUGUUUUCAGAUCCAGAUUCUACCUCUUCCAUUCUCCUGGCAGAAGUGGUUAGUGAAGAUGGCAGUGAAACAGAAAUUGCCUCAUCUGAGGAAUUUUUUGAGGCUGUGGAGAUCUUCAGCAGUGCAGAUGAUGGGCUGGAUUCAAGGUCAGAGUCUGAUGAAAGUUAUCAUGGAUCAUCAUGGAAGGAUGGUUUUGAACCUAAUGCACUCAAAUAUUUAUCAGAGAGGACCAGUCACAGACAGGGUCAAAAAAUGGACCACCGCCACUAUAAUUCGCAGCACAGUAGAGGUCUACAUAAGUCUUGGUCUGUUUCCGAUUUGCCGAGUAGUGCAGAAACAGUAUCCAAAAAUGUUGGCAGAGGAAGCAAGUCCAAGGAAGUGGAAGAUAAGCAAAGUGAAGAAGUUCCAACUCUGCCAAAGAAAAAUGACAAAAAGGAAUCACACCCGAAGCUUUCUGCCAGUAAUAAAAAGCAGAAUUUGAGUAAGGGAAUUCCGAUUCCCCAGAGGAAGCAACCGGUUUCAAGCUCAAAAGCUGCUUCAGUUGCACCCAGUACCAAGAAGAAAAAUAGGCAGCAAGACCCACCGGGAUUUCGUGCAAGACAGGCGAAACCAGCAGCGACAUCCCGAUGGAUUCCUUCAAACAGAGGCUCUUGCAACAAUUCAGCGCACGUGUAUUAUCCUUUCAAUAAUUCAAUACCCGUAUAUAGUCCUCCGACGAGGAAUUUUAGUGCACCUGCAUCACUAGGUCUGCUCAGGGGCAUUGGUGGAAGAUAUAAGCGCCAUUCCACACCUGGAGCUAUAGCCGGAAGGGCUCAUCCAUCAGGGCGUGGGCGUUCAAAGAAUUUUACCUGUCCGCCAUCACCAGCCCCAGGAACUUGCUCCCCAGCAUUGUAUUCAACACCACUAGUGGAACGUCCAGAUCAGGAGUUUAGUCCCGGGUCACUUUUGCUUUUAGGAAGACUUGCAUCCUGUCCAUCUUCGUUGGGUUCUUCACCAGUGCAUGAGGCUUUUUACUUGGCGUCUCCUUCAACCCCACAAGUAGAAUGGCUGGACCAGGAGCCUAGUCAAGAGCCACCAGCACCAGCACCUUCACCUUCACCUCCCCCUCCAAAACCACCACCGCCACCAUCGAGACCUCCACUACCUCCUUCCUCUGGAUAUUUAUAUAAGCGGGCUUUGCCACCUACUGAAAUUUCUCAAGAUGGAGAGCUGAUUUUACCGCCACCACCACUGUCAUGUGCAGGUGAAACUAAUCUGCCAGAGACUGCACCUCCUCCAGCCCCUACUGCUAGUACCUUGCAGAAUGUUAGUAGGAUUUCACCACCCCCACCCCCACCCCCACCUCCACUACCUCCCUGGGAUGCUAGAAGUUCUGCACCUUUAGUUUCAGCAGUAUCAAAUUCACAGCCUCCUUCCCCUACUCGCAUUGGCCAUCCCCACAAUAAUCUUGAAUCCUCCGCACAAAGUGGUUCCAAGUUGGAGGCUCUUUCUCCUUCCACUUCUCCUUUACUGUCAGGACAAGGCAAUCCUCCAAGCCCUCCACCUCCACCUCCACCUUCUCAAAGCAGUACUUAUGCAUCUCAACUACCACCACAACUAACGCCACCAUCAAUACCUCCUCCUUCAUUAACCCCUCUUAUAUGUAAUGGUCCACCACCCCCACCCCCACCCCCCCCACCACCACCAUCAGCAGCUCUUUCUCCUUACAAAGCUUUGCUAUCACCACACCUUUCUCCAAUAUCUAAAAUAUCACAAUCAUGUGUCCCUUCACCUCCACCUCCACUUCCACCUCCAUCUUCCCAUUUAUUUGGAGAACCACAAACAUCCUCAUCCUCAUCUCCACCUCCACCUUCACCUCUACCUCCUCUACCUACAUUUUGUUGCUCCUCACCACCCACCCCACCACCACCUUAUCUUCCAAUGGGAAGAGUAUCGUCUUUAUCUAUUCAACCAAUUGGAGAGACAUUAUUAUCAUCAUCUUUACAUGGAGGAACAUCCCCUCCAAUCCUUCCACCCUCUCUAGUAGGAGGAACACUCCCUCAACCAAAAGAAGAAACACUAUCUCUACCCCUACACCAUUCUCCACCCGUUGUAUCAAUAGGAGUGCCACCCCCACCCUCUCCGUCACCUCUCACAUCUUUAGAAAAAGCACCACCUCCAACCCCAUCACCUAUAGAAAGACCACCUCCUACUCCACCAAAGGGGAGAGGACCCGCUCCGCCUCCUCCACCGCCGGCAUUGAUAGAAGUAUUCCCUCCACCUCCACCGAUAGGAGGAGAACCCCCUCUACUUCCUCCACCAUUGGCAUUGGUAGAAGGACCCCCACCACCCCUUCCACCACCGGAAUUGAUGGGAAGACCCCCUUCUCCACCGGAAUUGAUGGGAAGACCCCCUCCACCCCCUCCUCCACCGAUGGGGGGAAGACCCCCUCCACCACCGGAAUUGAUGGGAAGACCCCCUCCACCCCCUCCUCCACCGAUGGGGGGAGGACCCCCUCCACCUCCUCCACCACCGGAAUUGAUGGGAAGACCCCCUCUACCCCCUCCUCCAUCAAUGGGGGGAGGACCCCCUCCACCUCCUCCACCACCGGAAUUGAUGGGAAGACCCCCUCCACCCCCUCCUCCACUGAUGGGGGGAGGACCCCCUCCACCUCCUCCACCACCAGAAUUGAUGGGAAGACCCCCUCCACCCCCUCCUCCACUAAUGGGGGGAGGACCCCCUCCACCUCCUCCACCAUCGGCAAUGAUAGGAGGACCCCCUCCACCUCCUCCACCUAUGGGAGGAGCACCUCCUCCACCUCCUAUUCCUGGAUUGCCUGGCCCACCAGCACCUCCAGGACCUCCAGGAGGUGGAGCACCACCACCUCCACCAUUUGGUGCAAAAGGGGCCACAGAUAGUAGAGGGCUACCUGCUGGUAGAGGGCGUGGACGAUUUGCAGGAUCUCGAAAAUCUAACUUAAAGCCACUUCAUUGGAGCAAGGUCACCAGGGCAUUACAAGGGAGCUUAUGGGAAGAAUUGCAGCGAAGAGGAGAUCCUCAAGUUGUGCCAGAUUUUGACGUCAAGGAAAUUGAGACUCUUUUCUCAACAGCACCAAAGUCAAGUAAUGCAGGAGGUGUAACUGGAGGUCAGAGGGCUUCUAGUUCCAAACCAAGUAAAGUCCAGCUGAUUGAUCUAAAACGGGCCUACAAUGUUGAAAUCAUGCUCACUAAAGUGAAAAUGCCACUUCCUGACAUGAUGGAUGCUGCACUUGCAAUGGAUGAAUCAUUGCUAGAUGCAGAUCAAGUGGAGAAUCUCAUAAAAUUUAGUCCAAAAAAGGAAGAGGCGGAAGUUCUCAAGAACUACACAGGUGACAAGGAGAAUUUGGGAAAGUGUGAACAGUUUUUUCUGGAGCUGAUGAGAGUACCAAGAAUGGAAUCUAAAUUAAGAGUUUUCUUUUUCAAGAUUCAGUUCAACUCUCAGGUUUGUGAUUUCAGAAACUGUUUGACCAUUGUAAACUCUGCUUGUGAAGAGGUCCGGAAUUCCCUCAAACUGAAAGAAAUUAUGAAAAAGAUUUUGUAUCUUGGGAAUACAUUGAAUGAGGGAACUGCCAGAGGUGCCGCAAUUGGAUUCAAAUUGGACAGUCUUUUGAAAUUGUCAGAUACACGAGCUGCAAACAGCAGAAUGACUCUCAUGCAUUAUCUUUGUAAGGUGAUUGCAACUAAAACACCAGAGCUUAUGGACUUUCACAAAGAUCUUGUUAGUUUGGAAGCUGCAUCAAAGAUACAAUUAAAAUCUUUGGCAGAAGAAGUGCAGUCCCUUGCCAAGGGUUUAGAAAAGGUAAAGCAGGAAUUAGCUGCUUCAGAAGAGGAUGGUCCUGUGUCUGAUGUUUUUCACAAGACCUUGAAGAACUUUCUUGGUUCAGCUGAGGCAGAUGUGUCCUCUGUAACAAAUUUGUACUCUCUUGCGGGAAAAAAUGCCGAUGCACUGGCUCUAUAUUUUGGCGAAGACCCUAAAAAAUGUCCAUUCGAGCAAGUUGCUGCAACCCUCUUAAACUUCGUGAGGUUGUUCCAGAAAGCUCAUGAAGAAAACUGUAAACAAGAGGAACUAGAAAAGAAGAAAGCUCAAAAGGAGGCUGAAAUGGAGAAUGCAAAGGUUAUGAGUCCAAGGAGAGGAGUAAAGAAGGAGGGUGACAUGGAGAACACAAAGAUAAUGAGUCCUAGAAAAGGAGCAAGAAAGGAGGCUGACAUGGAGUACACAAUGGGACUUAGUCCAAGAAAAGGAGUAAAAACGGAUGCUGAUAUGGAGAAUACAAAGGGAAUGAGUCCAAGACAAGGAGUAUUUAAGGAGGCUGACUUGGAGAUGACUAAGGGAAUUAGCCCAAGAAAAGGAGUAAAUGGGGCUGACAUAGAGAAUAGAAAGGGGAUGAUGAGUCCAAGGAAAGGUCUAAAUAAUGAGACUGAAACGGAGAAUGCAAAGUGGAUGAUGAGCCCAAGGAAGGGUCUAAAUAAGGAGGCCGAAAUGGAGAAUGCAAAGGGGAUGAUGAGUCCAAGGAAAGGUGUAAAUAAGGAGGCUGAAAUGGAGAAUGCAAAGGGGAUGAUGAGUCCAAGGAAAGGUCUAAACAAGGAGGCUGAAAUGGAGAAUGCAAAGGGGAUGAUGAGUCCAAGGAAAGGUCUAAACAAGGAGGCUGAAAUGGAGAAUACAAAGGGGAUGAGUCCAAGAAAGGAGUAAAAGAGUUGGAGAAUUUACAUUUAACCGUAAUAGCCCAUUUAUUCACAAGGAUUUGACAUAUGGCGGGUUACAUUGUUGAGCAUCAGAAUUUCCAAGUUGACCAGUUGUGACCAUUGAUUUUUACUGCUGAAUAUUUGGCUCUUCGGAUGCUAAGAACUAGCAUUUAAGGGUAUGAUCAAGGCUUUACAUGACCUAAAGUUCUGCGGAGAAAGCAGUCGAGAUUCAGAAAGUGAUCAAUGGUUCUUUUCUGCUUUUUCUUAUGAUGCAGGCAGCUGGUUUCCCUUAAGGAUUCCUUAUAUACCAGAACCUUGUUGGAUUGAUCUGGUCAUUUGGCCUGUGUUUGUUGUAUCAAAAGAUUCCUGUAUUUCAUCCUAUCUGCACUGGAGCUUUUGUGAUGAUACCAGCUACUUGCCUAACUCUUUAGAAGUGGUAUUCCACGACCGACAUUCUGGUUUGAAGAGGUAUCUUCCACAUUUUACCAAGGUUGGGGCCUAAGGACUCAAUGGAAAGGCACAUAAAAGGGCAUCAGGCAUUCUAGUUUAGUCUAGCUGCUCGCCUCGACUGCAACAUUGUUUAUUGAUCACCCAGAAAUUACUGGUAAACGAGUACAUAUCCCUAACCCCCAUAGUUAAACCAACAUUGAUUCUUUGUUGUGACAUAAUAAUUGGUUUGGCUCCUUGGGCCAUCCUCAGAAUUUUGUAGCAGAAUACAAGAAUUAGAGAUUAUACAGAAAAUUAGCAUUAUAGAGAGUAGAAAUCUACUCAGUUAUGUGCAGGGUUUCCGAAAUUCUGAUAUAAUUUGGAUUCCAUUUUUGGGAAGUUCUCGAUCAUACCAUUCAUCAAUGAAAAGAUGUUUCUUUUUCCCAAUCUUUAUUAAGGAUUAUAACUCGACUCUUUAGCUGAUGUCAAGCUUAUAUUAUGAAUCGGACUCUGUCAAAGCUCGUGGAUUUUUCUGCAUUGAGCUGCACAAGAUGAUGCUUUUUUCCUGCUGUUGGU